AUGGGUGCCUCUUCCAUCAUCAACUUUGGCGUCCCCACGCUCGACCGUCCUUUCGGUCUCGAGCUGUGGCCCAUCUUCGAGCCGCAGGACUUCCGCUUCGUGCCCGGCGAGACACCCCUUUCCACAUUCAAGAUAUGCGCCGCCACGCUUUGCACAUACUACGUUAUAAUUUUCGGCGGUCGGGAGCUGAUGCGCAACCGCGAGCCCUUCAAGCUGAACUUCCUGUUCAAGGUGCACAACUUCUACCUCACCGCCAUCAGCGGCGUGCUGCUCGCGCUUUUCGCCGAGCAACUGAUCCCCACGGUAGCGCGCAAGGGUCUUUUCUUCGCCAUCUGCGACCACGAGGGUGGAUGGACUGACAAGCUCGUUAUCCUCUACUACCUCAACUACCUCACCAAGUUCCUCGAGCUGAUUGACACCUGCUUCCUGUUCCUGAAGAAGAAGCCCCUUACUUUCCUCCACACCUACCACCACGGCGCGACCGCUCUCCUCUGCUACACCCAGCUCAUCGGCACCACGCCCGUAUCAUGGCCCGUCAUCACACUCAACUUGGCUGUCCACGUUGUCAUGUACUGGUACUACUUCCAGAGCGCGCGAGGCAUCCGCAUCUGGUGGAAGAAGUACAUCACCGUCGGCCAGAUCACCCAGUUCGUCCUGGAUCUCGGAUUCAUCUACUCUCGCGUCCUUCACCUACUUCACCAGCACCUACUGGCCGCACAUCCCCAACCUGGGCAAGUGCGCUGGUGAGGAAUUCGCUGCCAUCGCCGGCAUCUGCAUCAUCACCUCAUACCUCUUCCUCUUCCUCGCCUUCUACUUCGCCACGUACAAGAAGCCCGUGCCCAAGGGCCGCCGCAGGGCUACCAGCGCGUUGGUCGAGAUGAAGGACGAGAAGGUACCUACUGUUGGCGAAGCCCGCAGGCGUCUUUCGACCUCCAGGGCUGGCGCGCAGAUGUCUAACGGUGUCACUACAGGUGCGAGCCCCAGCGGACGUUCGACGAGGAGCCGCAAGGCUUAAACCCGUCGGCGCCCGCAAUAUGUGGGUACUGGCUUAUAAGGACGACUGAGCUGGCGGCGGCGGACACGCAGAGAUGCAUCACGUCGCCAGAUGUCUGAGCCACGCACAUCUGGAUACUCCUCCAGAAUUGGAUCUCGUAUCAACGACAGCAGGAGGGCUCUUUGUCUUCCACCCUUCAUUGUCACAAUAAAGAGCACGCCCCCCAACAGCGAGGGCUCCUCGCAUACACUUUUUUCAUAUGUUUGUUGUAAUUGCUAUGUCGCGGGGAUCGUGUCCUGCAUUUGUUGUUGUUUUUUGGCACAUCCCCGGUGUUUACGAUAAAAGAAAAUGGGCAUGUAAGCAUGUAGGGACACAAGACGCAUUUUUUGGGAUCGCCCGGUGUUUUGGGCGAAGUGUACGUUUAGCUAGAUUGGACGAUGCGCUACUGGUCUGGCCUGGGCUUGACUGGACUGGGCGGAAGGGAAGGAGGAUGUAUAAUGCACAAAUCUAUCAAAA